AUGGGUCACAGAAACAUCACCUGGCACCCGUCACUCUCGCGUGACGAAAGAAACCGGCUUCGGGGCCAGCGCGGCCUGACACUCUGGCUUACGGGCCUCUCCGCAUCGGGCAAGUCGACAAUUGCCACGGCACUCGAGCAGCAUCUCCUUCACCUCGGUCGCGCCGCUUACCGCCUCGACGGUGACAACGUGCGAUUCGGCCUAAACAAGGACCUCGGUUUCUCCGAAAAGGAUCGCAACGAGAAUAUCCGCCGCAUCUCCGAGGUGGCCAAACUCUUCGCAGACGCCUCCACCAUCGCCAUCACCUCCUUCAUCUCCCCAUAUCGGGCAGACCGUGAUCUCGCCCGCGAGCUGCACGCCGCUACAAGCUCGGCCGGCGAGGAGCCGAUUCCUUUUGUCGAAAUCUAUGUCGACGUACCCCUCAAGGUUGCCGAGGAGCGCGAUCCAAAAGGUCUCUACAAGAAGGCCCGUGCUGGCGAGAUCAAGGAAUUCACAGGCAUAUCUGCCCCCUACGAGGAACCCACAAACCCAGACAUCACAAUCAAGACGCACCAGAACUCGGUUGAGGAGUGCGUCGCGCAGAUCACCCGAUGGUUAGUAGACAAGAGCUACUUGAAGCUGCCAUAG